AGGGUCUAGUGUCCGAAAGCGCACCAAAAACGUAAGUAAAAGCUAAUAGCUUUUAUUUAUAAGAAUAAGACUGCUAUGUCGUAAUUUAAGUAUUCAAAAAUGAUGAUGAACAAGCAGUUCGCAAUGGAAAGAAACAUUGAAGAGUACAUUAAAUCUUCAAAACGAAAUUUUUCAAUUAAUCUUCAAAAAGACAACUGUGAACAAUCAGGAGAAAUCAUCAUCUUUUGAUUUCGUUUUGAAAUAAAAGAAAUGUUUUUUUUUGUACAGGCAAUGACAAUUUCUAUGGAAUAAUGGACCAAAAUGAUUUCAAGUCCGUCCUCCGACCCGAAUAUAUUUGUCCAAAUUGUAGCUUGCUCACAGAAGUAGCUUGAUGAAUCAUAUGAAGUUCGCCAUAUGCGCCAGGAAUGGAUUGCAAGGGGUUGACACACCUUUCAGUGAGCCUGAAAGCCAUGUCAGCCCACAAUGUGAUAAGAAAUAUCGUUACAAGCAAGGUAUGGACUUCCAUCUGAAGAAUGAGUGUGGAAAAGAACCUUCGUUUCAGUGUCCACACUGUCCCCAUAGAGCGAAACGAAUGGCCAACAUCAAGAGACACAUCGCUUCCAUACACAAGAUUUCAAGAAGUUGGCACAUCUCUCAUCGAUCCUGGAUUCCACUCAUGUCCACAAUGUGGCAAAAUGUAUCGUUAUAAGCAAGGCAUGGUGUUCCAUCUGAGACAUGAGUGCGGAAAAGCUCCUUCGUUGCAAUGUCCACACUGUCACCACAGAACCAAACAGAGGAGCAACCUGAAGAAACACAUUGCUUCAAAACACUUAGAUCUGAUAAAAUUAAAGCUAUAGUGAUGGAGUAUACAACACGUUGACACAUCAGAAACGUUUGUAUAAAAUAUUAAGAGAACUAUUUGAAUGAAAUGCGUUAUUUCAUACUCCUAUAACUGUUUAUUGGAUUAGGCCUGAUUAAAAAUAAAAAUUCCUGUUCUAAAAUUCUGUUUCAAGAUAAACAAACUUUAUUGUCUUGUUCAGAGUAUUAAAACUAAUACCAUUCAUUCACGGUAUUCAUGAUAGCUAAUAACUAUUUAGCUCAAAAAUGGAAUAAGUUGUCUUGAAGUUUUUUGUCUAUAGUGUCAAUCAUUCUGUCUGUUGCCAAUGUUUACCCUUGAUAUAAAUGUAUUCAAGCAAUGAAAAGAAACUACUUUAGAAGCUACUUUUAUCUUACUCACAUUAGAUAACAUAUGCGUUUAUAUUCUAAUGAAUAUUUCCGAUUUUUUGUGCAAUACCUGAAACACAUUUUUUCUUUUUUAGGGUUUUUGGAGAAUGUUGUGUUGUUUGAUGAGAAAUACAGCAAACCUUCAGAGAAUUUCAAGUGCCAAAAUUGUGGUAAAGAAUAUCGCUACAAGGGUAACUUGAAGUUUCAUCUGAAGAAUGAGUGUGGCAAGGAACCUUCGCUGCAGUGUCCGCACUGUCCUCAUAGGACAAAACAGAAGAGUAACUUGAAGUCGCACAUUGCUUUGAAACACUUUGAUUCGUUACAUUAUAGUUAAAUAGGAUGCAAAAUAUUGUUUCAAAAGUUUUUGAUCAGAUCAUAAAACAAUUUUUUAUCUCAUUCCAUGAUGGAAAACUGAAAUUCAAAUAAUCAUUUCAAUGUUUAUAUAUUUUCAUGAUAGUCUAGCUCUAGUUUAAUAAAAUAACUGUGUUGAAUAAUAGACAAGGAUAGCAUCUCCAAUGUCAAUCAAUUCAAGUUUUUCAAUCUUUAGUAAAAUUCCAACUCAUGGUCUUAGUGUCAAUGCUGUUCUAAACAUGUUAAUGUUAUUCAUGUGUUUAUUAAAUCUGUGCAGUAAAAAUAUGGACUCCUUAAAAAUAAUAAAGCAACAUAUUAUGGAUGAUUUGAAAUCUAAAUUCAAAUCCAACUUUGUUCUUGAUGAUAAAUUGUUUGUUAUUAGAGAAGGAAUUGAGAACAGCAAGUUGAGAAUCAUUGAAGAUAUCAUAGAAGAGUUGGAUGAAAUUUCAUCCUCAUUCAAUGAGAAAUUCUGUGUUGUGUUGUGAUUCACUUGAACAUUAUAGAUAGACUACUGUACCGGUACUUGACUAUUAUUAUGAUUAUUAUCAUUUAAGUAAAUUUACAUAAUUAUUUUAUAUGCUUCAUUUAAGUAAAAAAUAAAUCUAUUCUCGAUUUGUCAAUUAUUUUUGAUUCUAAAUCAUUUUCAACUUAAGAAGUAUAUCAUCCUUACCCUAUAGGUGCGUACAGAUUUAAGCGCCACGAACAUGAGCAA